UGGGGGGCGAAAUGCGGGGUGAGGUGCGAGCUGAGGUUCGGUGAGGCGGGCGCCGGUGCUCGGCUCCCCUGAGGCGACCCAGCAGCCGCGGGCCCUGCGGCCGGGCACUGCCCCUAGGGUCACAGCAGGGCCCUUCCCCCCCUCGGCCCCCCUCCCCUCACACACCGGUAAACCCUCCCACAGGUAUUUGUAAAUCCUCCCAAUGCUUUGCCUGCAGCAGGAUUAGUAGAUAGUGGAAACCGUGCGGUAGGCAUGCAGUUUCACCCUGAGGAGGGUCUUCCCUUGGCCUUAGCUUAUAAAUCCCAAAUCUAGAAACAGGCCUGGAAGCCAGCUGGGGCUGUGCACUGCGCUCGGGAGAGCUAUUGACAGAGCUCUGAGGCUGAGGCAAAAAACAAGGAUAGGGUAAAGGCCAAAUGAAUUAAUUAUGUUGGUCAGUUUUUUGCUGGCUGUUAAAGUGACCUCAAACCAGAGAUCAGUUUCAACCUUUUUGGAUUUUGUUUGGUUUAGUAGAAAAUAGUUGUGUUAUCUUCAGCAUGUGCUUUCUAAUGCAUCUAUAGGUGUUCCUGUGUCUUCAGUGCAUAUCAGGAUAUAUUAACCAAAGACAGAAUCAUUACGAUACAGCAGUAAGGUAAAUUAAGAGGCAUAGCAAGCCAGGCAGGGGCAUUUCGCGCUCUGCUGUUGACUUUCCUUGUAAUCACAAGCAAAGCACGCAAUCCAGUUUGCUUCAGUUUUUCCUUCUGAGGAAAGGGAUAUCUUUUUUUUUCUCAUAUUGGAAACAGCCUUGGAUGAAAAAUGUUAUGCAUGUGCCAAGUAGUGCUUCUUAUUCUACCUUUGCUUUCUGGCCUUUACCUUGCUAUUUUUGUCAUUUUGUUGUUAUUCUCUGUUUAGUAGACUGGAAAGAAUUCUAAUCGUUUUGAUUAUGGUUCUUUGAAGGUUCACUUAAACACUCUUCGGAUGAAUUAAGGACCAAGACUAGGUUUUCUGUAAAGAGUGAAAGGCUCACUUUGGUUAAGGAUUCAGAAACUUCUGCUGAUGCCAGGCCGUUAUGUUGAAAGAAUGCCGUACAGUGAUGCCACAGAAAAGCCACCAUUGUUCAGAGAAGCUACAUUUCAAAAGGCUUGGAAAAGUGUAGAUAUAAAUCCACCUGAGGAAGUCAGAGCCCUACCUGAUUUUGUUGUUCCUGAGAAAGCGGGGAGUAAUAUCUUGGAACGCUUGUCAGAACGCCGGCGAGACCGUCAUUAUGAAGCAGUAAACUCAAUGGAUCAUGAGCUUGACUGCAUUGCCAGGGAAAUGGAACCCUUCUUUUUGGAAUCUGGAAAAUUCCUUCUGACAGAACUGAUGGAAUUGGAUACAAAAAUUGAACUUCAUUUUAAAAAGAUUGAGUGUGACACUGCUCUGGAAGGUUUCUCAAUUGAAGGUUUGGAAGAAUUGCGGAAUAUCAUCCAUCAGGAAUGCUUGACCAGAAGGAAGUCGAUUAAGAAAACUAUUGAAUCCUUUAAAGACGCUGAAAAGAAUCGAGCUAAUAAAGUAACAGAUGUACUGAGGAAGUAUACUCUGAUACUGGAGCAAAUUUCCUUCUUCUUGGCAGCUGAUGUUCACAGGUUCAUGAAUGAUAAGGCCAUGAUGAUUAACAAACAACUCUUGGCUAAUCAGAGGACAAUUGCCAAGCUGUUCCAUAAUUUGAUGAAAUCAGAAGUGAAUAAGGAAUUAUUACAUCAAUUGAAAUGGGAAAAUAGAGUUAAGGACUGGAAGCUUAUCCAAAAGAACUGUAUAGUUCAGAGUUUCAGAGAAUUUAUGGCAAAUGAAGAAAUACAGAAUCCCCCAACUGUGAAAAGAGAAAUGGAAAAUAUGAUAAUGGAUCAGAUUGUACUUAGUGGAAAGAGACUGGAGUUUUUGCAGCAGCUUGGUGAUUUAUUCCCUCCAACACACACAAAAGCUGAGAUAAAUGAAUGGUAUGGAUCUUUCAUGAAGUUAAACAAAAGUAUAGAUACCCACAACAUGGAGUGUAUGAUGAAAAUACGCGUCCAGUAUGAGAUGGUCCAGCAAAAAUGUCUGGCAGAAGUGCAGUUAUGCAAGAAUAAGCUGUUGAAUCUGAAUGUUUGCACAGAAAAAGAGGCUGAAGAAACUGUGAAUUCUGACUUCCUUCACUUGACUGAGAAACUUAAAAGUCGGUUUGAAGAACUGGAGUGUAUGGAUAGAGACUUUCAGGAGCUGGCCAAACACAAUGAGCAGAAUUUUAGAGACUUGUACAGCUAUUUUCAGGAGGUUAUCAAUCUCUGGGAUGUCCAUCAACUUAAACUGUCCCAGCAGCAAGAUGAACUUCAGAAGAAACUAGAUGACUGCAGAUGGAACCAGGACAAAUUAAUACAGGUGAAGGAAACUAACCUGGAUAUAAUUUUGAAUAAAAUGAGAACAGCAAGCUCUGAAGAAAAGCUGAAGAAACAUUUGGAGAAAGCCCUUUCUUGUUUAGAUGGCAUUAGAGCUAGGUACAAGGCAUUCAACCAAGUUCUAAUGGAUGAAGUAAUGGCUUACCCAGAAACUGUUUUGCAGGAAUUAAUUUCUUAUAGUAUAUCCAUCAGCCAGUAUUUUAAUGUGAAGGAAAUCUUCAAACAGAACUUGCAAGGAAAGGUGGACUCCACAUUCCAAGAUCAAGAACGAGUUAAGGCUUCAGAAGCUGAACAUCUGGUGGAGCAGCAAGCUGAGAGCAUUGUGCAAAACGAUGAAGGAGAGGAAAAGACAGACAGUUGUCAACAAGAAAAUGAAGAAAGAAACACAACUGAGAAUGAGGAGGCCUUUCCACAGGAAACUGAAGAAGCAGAGGAAAAAGAAGAUGGGGAGAGUAUGCCUCAUGAAAGUGGAGAAAUUAAGCAUGCAGGACAGGGUGUUAGCUUUACACAGGCUAUGUUCAACGACAGCAAGGCAGAAAGCUCUGAAAUUGCCACUGAGACCUUUUCCACUUCUAGUGGAAAUUCUUACACAGUUCUUGGAGUUGAAGAGGCAGAAAAGACUGACAUCCCAGAGACUUAUUUUACAAAAUAUGAAAAAAAAGAAUCACUUCCUAUGUACCUGAGAAAUGUACUUAUCAAAGAAACAGUGUUUGUAGAGCUGAAGAAACGGAUUCGCCUCUGCAUUUUUGAACACUUGGAGAAAUGGUUUGCAGAGUCCUUGUCCAACUCUGGUGCCUUUGUAGCUGCCAAGCAAGAGGAGCUGUAUUCUAAACUUCAGCUGCGUCUUCACUUGCAUCAACAAAGGCAGGAGGAUAUAAAGACAAACAUCUAUGAUCUUAGAGCUGCGGAGCUGUUGCUUCACAGAGAGCAUCUAGAGUGCCACUGUGCAGCAGUGGUGGAAGCUGUGGAAAAGGAGAAAGCUCAAUUUCUCAAAUUUCAUGAUUACCAAAAUAACAUCAUCAAAAACUUAAAGUCACGAAUCUGUGACAUGGAGUCCACCUUCCUCAAUGCUCCUAUGACUCAGAAGUAAGUGUGCCACAGGUGUUGCUGGCUGUGAAUUUCCGUAGGUAAAUAGUCCUGAUUACCAUCUGAGAUGUUCCUGAUUUGCAUUCUGAAUCUAUUUUGUAUGUCAUUAUUUCUCAAUGAAGACUUCUUCAUGAAACCUUAAGAAAAUGUAAAUAAUUUUUGUUUCCUGUAUCUCUCCCUGAAGAGAUUCAAAUCAGUAGUGAAGGGAUGACAAUUUUCAUAUAUUUUCAAAGUGCUGGCAGUCUUAAAGUAGAAAAGAUGUUUCACCUGUUGAGAUGUUAUCCAGUUUACUGAACCUGCACAGUAAUAGCGAUUGGUUUUGCAGGAUACUCUUCAAUCGCAUCAGUUGCUUGCUGAUAUCUUCCAAGUGUUCAACAAAAUAAGCACAGUUCAGUGAGUUGCUCUCAGAAUAGUAAUACACUCUUGUGUUCUCAGAUUUUGUUCAUGUCUUUACAGCCAGCAGUCUGAAUCAUGAUCUAUGCUCCUCUUUCUAUGUUUUCCCUAUCUUUUAUUAUU